CUGCCGAGAGAUGGGCCGGCCCGGCGGCGCGCGGGCAGCGGUGGCGGCGGCGGCCCAAGAUGGCGGAGCUGCAGCUGGACCCGGCGAUGGCGGGGCUGGGAGGGGGUGGCGGGAGCGGGCUGGGCGACGGGGGUGGCCCAGGCCGCGGGCCCCCCAGCCCUCGCCCGGCCGGCCCCACGCCCCGCGGGCACGGCCGCCCGCCCGCCGCCGCCGCGCCACCGCUGGAACCGGGUCCCGGACCGCCAGAGCGGGCAGGGGGAGGCGGUGCGGCCCGCUGGGUCCGGCUGAACGUGGGCGGCACCUACUUCGUGACCACCAGACAGACCCUAGGCCGGGAGCCCAAGUCUUUCCUCUGUCGCCUCUGCUGCCAGGAGGACCCGGAGCUGGACUCGGACAAGGAUGAGACAGGAGCCUAUCUGAUUGACAGGGACCCCACCUACUUCGGUCCUAUCCUAAACUACCUCCGCCAUGGGAAACUCAUCAUUACGAAGGAGUUGGCUGAAGAAGGUGUUUUGGAAGAAGCGGAGUUUUACAACAUUGCAUCUCUUGUGCGGCUGGUUAAGGAAAGGAUACGGGACAAUGAGAACAGAACUUCUCAGGGCCCCGUGAAGCACGUGUACAGAGUCCUGCAGUGCCAGGAAGAGGAGCUCACACAGAUGGUCUCCACUAUGUCUGAUGGUUGGAAAUUCGAACAGCUAAUCAGCAUCGGAUCUUCCUAUAACUAUGGAAAUGAGGAUCAGGCCGAAUUCCUCUGUGUUGUCUCCAGAGAACUCAAUAAUUCUACCAAUGGCAUUGUCAUAGAGCCAAGCGAAAAGGCAAAGAUUCUACAGGAGAGGGGAUCUCGGAUGUAAAUUCCAGAUUCUUAACCAUCAAGAGCCGGCAGAGCACCUCGUGAAGUUAACUCUUGCUCCUGUACAGUAACCGAGCUCCUGCAAGGCAAAGCUGAGCCUGGCCCCCCAGUGGAGAAGUGUUCUGGUCAAAACCAAAGGAACCCCUGCCCUUCCCCCCUCCACCCACCCACCCCAGGAACAUGAAGACAGACACAACUUCCGGCCGCAGAAUACCUUUUCAGAAACCUGCUUUUGUCUUCUUAGCCAGUGUUAGAACAAAUCCUUACCACAGCAGCUGGGCUGGGCUCCCAGUGGGAGCCCUAACGGGGAACCUGGGGGAAGGGAAGAGGAAGGCCUAGGUCCUUGUACACGCCUGUGCUUCGGGGACGCCGCAGCAGCUACAGAGGAUCGUCCCUGGGCUGUGCCGUGAGUGCGCCUGGGUGCCACGUUGGAUGUUGGCAGCCACUUUGUAACACUCUUCCCCGUCCUGCCCGCACUCCACACAGAUGCAGCAGAUGCCAAGGAUUCUAGCUUCAGUUUGUCGAAUUGAGGUUUUGGGUAAAGGAGCGAGUCAGCAGAAUCCCCCAUGUUCCUGUGGACAGACCCUCUUUGAGGAAGGGGAGGACAGGGCAUCCUUGGUUGCAGGUGGAGGUUGGGGAUCGCUGCUCUGGGUUCGGGGCAUUCAGCUGCCGUGUGCAUCCCCACCUCACCCGCCCUCAGCAGCCCGGACCGUCCGGUAGCUUGCUUUCUCAGGUGGAGGUUCGAGGCAGGCGGCAUCCCACGCUGUGUCACACACACAUGGGAGCUGCAGGAGGCCGGUGUCACUGGUCUGCAGCCUUUGCUCACCCUCCGUUGGCCCAUCUUCCUUCCCUGACUUUUUGAACUGGACCUAAGAUAAAGGGACUCUGGAUCCUCUGAUGGCCCGGGUGGGGACAGCUAUUUCUUUGAAAGUUGCCAAAUGUGUUCUGUUGUAGUUUCCAAGUGUUGUUAUUUCUGUGAUUGUCUCUUGGAAAUGCCUUGACUGAACGUUCGAUAUUUGUUCCCGUCCCCGUCCCUUGGUUUCUAACCUUGGCAAACCUGCCCCGCGGCUGUGGCCGUGGCCGUGGCCCCACACCAGCCCCAGUGGGGUGUAUGUGUUUGCUGGGCAGUCUGAGGACUCCCCGCGUCUCUGAGCCCAACCCCUUCCCGCCACUUCUAUCUACAGAGUGCCAUGUCCUCGAGAAUCAAGUGCUUGUUUGACCAAGGAGGGGAGUAAAGCCCUGGGACCACAGAGCUUGUAUCUGGGCCUCCUCUCUGAGCUUUUGAGCCUUAGUGAGCAGUCACUGAACGCAAAGGGCUGGAGAAUCCUUAUUCUUCCUUCAAUGACUUUUCCUAGUGUGGCAAAUGGCCCAGAGAAGGUGCCCCUGGGGACCUCUGCACCUGUAAGAGCCACCUCACGUCAGUCACUCCUGGUUUCCUUCGCAGUGAGGUUCUCUCUGCUCCACAGCUCUAUGCUUACUAGGUGGGUGUGGGGCUGUAAUUUUUGGAAAUGACUCACAGACGAUGCCAAAUGUCUUAUGAGCUCGUGACCUGCCCGUGUGCAGAUGGUGUAACUCUUCUCCGGGAUUCUCACUCUGACCUUAUCUCUGUGUGUAGAGCGGGAUAGAAAAGUGUGUACAAGGGUGUCUGCUGAUAUGUGUGUGUCUACACACCAACGUGAACGUGCAUGUUGACAUUGGCACCUUGUAUUCCGGCCUAAUGCCUACGAUUUCUACAGCUAUAAACGUUAGAGGAACUUCUACCUGCAGCAGAAGCAGUCAUCUUUCAAAAAGGUCGCAGGCAUCUUUCUGUCAUCUUUCGGAAAGCACAAGAUGGCACGUGUCAAGGAAAAGCCUCUCUGACCUGAGUAGGACUGACCUGAGUAGGACAGAGGACCCUAGAAGACUUGCCCUUUGGCCAAGUCCAAAAAGUGACAUUUGACUCUACGGAGGGAAAGUGGCUGCAUCUGGGGCCUUGAGCCCAAUCAGAUCUGCUUUUCCUGGGGCAUCAGCCUGCGCUCCCCAUGCUCCCAAGCCUGCACGGAGGGAUGAAGCGAGGUGGGCCAGAGGGCAGAGGCCAAGCCCCUCAGGAACACGUAGUCAUUUGUCUUUGCAGAGUCCCCCAGUGGAUCCUGUAGAAAGAGUGCUGAGCCCCUCGCUCGGUGCUCUGAGAAACCAACACAAGUGAUAUUUCUGCUCCCCUAGAGGGCUGGCUUUCAUGAGGCCACCCAAUGACAUUUAUUCCAAUGCUCCUGAAUCUGAGGACGAUUCAGUUCUUAAGGUUUCUGGAAAAGUAUUCACCCCAGCCUUUUAUGAACCAAGUCAGUAUUUUUUUUUUUUAAUUACUGAAAGCCUUCUCCUCCCAGCUGAUGACUUCAGAGGGAGGCAUGGCCAUCGGUUUGGGGCUGUCACAUGUCCAGUGACCCAUGCUCUCUCCAGCAGCCCAGUGCUGCUGGGUGGUGAGCGUCUUCUUCGUUACGUGCCCAGGCCUGAGGGCGCGGGCAAUGCAGGCCCAGCUCACGAAGCAGCCCGGCCUCUCCUAGGAGAUGCCAUGAUAGCGCGCUUCUGUCUCUCAGAACCUGCUUUCUCCUUGGCAGCGAGGCGUGGCCCAGCCUCCUCUAGAGUGACUUCGUUUCUGCAGUCUUAACUGAUCUCAGGGGUGUCAGCAAGGUGUGGGGGGGUAGGGACAGAGAUGCUGGGGGUUGGCCAACUCCGACAUGGCCUUUGGGUGCAGAGGUUAGGGACCAUGCCUGUCACUUGUGGGUAUUGUUUGUUACUGUUUGUGUAUUUGAAUAAAGUCUGAAAUGCUGUGACCCUUUUUUGUCAAUAAAGACAAGACACAAACAUCUGAA